AUGCCUCGGUGGACUUUCGAAAUCAUUGCAGAAUCUUUGGCCCCUUCUGAAAAAUCUACUAUUGCAAGAGAAGCCACCAAGAUCUACACUGAUGUUGGCUUCCCUAAGUUUUGGGUUAACGUCUUCUUCCACGAGAAUGACCCCAACAACUUCUACAUCGGCGCUGAUUCUUCUAAGAAUGUUUUUCUUGUAAUCAACCAUACCGCUCGGACAUUCGAAUCAGUGGCCCAUCGCCUAGGCUUCCUUGACCGUGUCGACACUAUCUUGAGGCCUAUUCUGGAGCCUAAAGGCCUGCAUUGGGAAUUCAACAUACACGAGCAUCCAGCACAAAACUGGAGGAUGAACGGGAUGAUUCCUCCUGUGAACAAACCUGACGUACUACAAAACUGGGUUUCGCAGAACAAGCCAGUGCCAUACUGA